UUCUCCAUAGAGCAGCUAUGGCUGAGAAGGUGACAACAAUGGUGCUGAAUGUAGUGGACCUACAGUGCUCAAAAUGCUACAAAAAGAUCAAGAACCUUCUCUGCAAAUUUCCUGAAAUACGAGAUCAGAAGUAUGAUGAGAAGGCAAACAAGGUGACAAUUAAGGUGGUGAGCUGCUCGCCGGAGAAGAUCAGGGAAAAGUUAUGCUGCAAGGGUUGUGGAUGCAUCAAGAGCAUUGAGAUCAUUCCGCCUCCAUCGCCUAAGCCUCCGCCUCCGCCUCCGCCUCCGCCUCCGCCUCCGCCUAAGGAGGUGAAAGUAUCUGUAGAUCUGAAAGGCCAGGUGUUUUGUUAUUGUAAAUGCUGUAGCGGAGGGCCUUGGGGCUCAUGUUACUGUGGUGGGCAAGUCCAAUGCGUUCCGUGUCAUGGGAAACCCGUUUGCGACAGCUGGAGCAGUUGUGGAGAAACUCAACCAGGCUGCUCAUUCAUGUAAAUACUAAUAAUAAGACUCUGUUUGGAAUCCAGCCAAGUUAAAUCCAAUAAAGUCUCAGCCUCCACCUCCGCCUCAGCCUCCGUGUAAGUGUAAACUAUAUGUAGAUCUGCAACUCCAGGGGUUUCGUUGUUGUGAAUGCUACAGCGGUUGGCUUGGGGGCCCAUGUUCCUGUGGCGGGCGAGUCCAAUGCGGUCUGUGUUAUGGGAUACCCGUUUACGACAGUUGGUGCGGGUAUGGAAGCGGUUGUCAAGAAACUCAACCAGGUUGCUUAAUCAUGUAAAUACUAGUGUUUGGAAUCCUGCCAAAGUUAAGUCCAAUAAUAAGUAACUGUUGUUUUAUGAAGUGUGUGUUUAGUGGACUAUGCAGGUGGGUAUUGUUUAUUAUAAAAAAUGUAUGUUACUUUCAUCUUAAUAAAGAAUUGUGAGUGAC